AUGUGGGAAACAGAGGAGCGUCAGCUAUUCCAAAGAGCUACCGGCUCCAAACCAGGUGGUAUUGGAGAAGUGGCUACUGCUCAGGUUGUAUUCGCAACAACAGCAUUGCAUGAUGAGAAAAUAGAAGAUCAACUAAUUAUGAAACCUGAAGACGACAUCAAGAACACAGAUGAUCAAGAAACAACAGUAACUACACCACAAGAAGAAGACCAGCUUGCUAAAGAACCUGCUGACACGGUUGCACCUCAAGCCGAAUCUGAAGCCCUUGCAGUUGAGGCUGAAACCAAGUUAGUGCUCAACGAUGAAGAUAAAGAAGAAGAAGGUAAGGUUAGCCCUGUGGAACAACCUGCAAAGGUGGCACCAGAGCCAGAACCAGAGGCCGAAGAAACCAAAGAACCAGAAGCUAAAUCAGAUGAAACCAAGAAAGAAAUUGAAACCGAGCCAGAUGAGGCGGAAAAAGUCGAUACUGAACCAGAAGAGAAAGUUAAGAAGAAAGAAGAAGCUGUUGCAGCUGAGGAGUAGAAGUGGUGCUUCUGAUCUUUGGCCUAAUUGUACUGUUUCUGAUUUCGGUUAAUUAGGUUUUUCAAACUCCCAUAUGGGACCGAGUCAGUGUGUAAUCAAUGCCAGCCUUGGCCACGUGGCAAGCAUGUGUUGGGUAAUAUCUAGGGUUUUAUGAAAGGGAACAUGCGGGCUAGCUAGGGUUUGCAGGUAAUAAAAGAUUUGGUUCAUAGGUGGGGUUUGUUUAAUUAUGAAGAAUAAAGUGUGCAUGUUGAUGUAAUUAAGGUGGCUG